CAAAUGCACAAGGCUCGAAACUUAUCAUAUCACACUCUGAUACCAUCAAAAUCUGAAGAUCAAAUCUUUAAAAUUUACUCUGAUAUCAUAAAUCUCCAAGUACACUCUAGCUUAUAAGAUCAUGAUUUCUAGAAUCUAUAUCAAUCUCGAAAUGGCUAGCUUUCUAACUCGUCACUUCCCGUCGUUUCCCCGUCCUCGGUUUCAUUUCUUGAAAUGGUGGACAAGGAAAACUGUGAGAUAAACUCAGUAAGUAAAUAUGGAGUGCCCCUUAUCAAACUUAAAGCAUGCCAACAAGUACAAUCACGAAAACAGAUACAGUACGGGCAUGAAAUAGACAUCUCCUUUAUAGGUCACGACCAGUGUAUAAUCCCCACUACUAGGGCCACGAUUUGCUGGUGUAUAACCCCCACUAGCUGGGUUGAACGAACCGGCUCUAUCACUACAUGUCGACAUGUGCUAGCGUUUAUAACCUCCCCCACUAGCAGGGUCACGAAUAACAUGACCACAUCAGAGACAAAACAGGCAGAAGUUAACAGGAAAAUCACAAUUCACAAUCACUUUCAGAUCAUCAGGACAGUCACUUAAAUUUCAAGUAGGCAUGCUCAAUUUAGUGAAAAGUAUAAAACAUUUCACUUCAAAUCAGUCAUACUUGUGUAAAACGGGUUUAGUCCCACCACCACUUCAAAAACAAAUCAAAACAUGCUUUUAAA